AUUUUCCUGUUGCUGUCACAAGGCGACACCCCUCUGCACGCGCACGCAGUGGAAUGUUCCGCCAGGCUCUGGGCUCUGUUGUUGUGCAGAGCUGCAGAAGGCCUGAGAGAGGCAGCCACACACACUUGGACAGCCGAGCACGGCCACGCAGGCACACACACACACACACACACACACACACACACACACACUUGGACCUGGACGGAUCUUUUUGUCUUCUUUCCAUCGCCUCAGGUGGCCCAGCCUUGGAGCCUUGGAGGACGGGGAGGGGAGGGCAGGAGGAUUGGAGUGACCGAGGCAAGGUGAAGGAGGCGAAGGAAGGAAGGAAAGAGAGGGAGGAAGGUGGCAAAGGGCGCCUCUGACAAAAACAAAGUCUCGCCAUCAGCUGUUUUUUGUCCUCCAUCCUCCUCGGAGAAAGAGGACAGGAGAGCCACAUAGGAGGAGGAAGAAGAAAAGGAGGAGGAGGAGGAGGGGGGAGACAGUAACCCUCUCCUCUCCUUUCACUCAGACACAUCAGCAACAUCCAAACACCAGGAGAGGAAAAAAAAAAGGCGCCUCCUCUGUUCGAUUUCGGUCCCUCGGCCAGCGAGCGGCUCACAGGCUCCGCUCAUGUCAGUGAACUCGGAGAAAUCCUCGUCCCCGGAAAGGCCUGAGACGCAGCAGAAAGCCUCGGCGAGUGUCCCUCCUCCCCCGCCGCCCCCUCCGCCUCCCCCUGAGCCGGCGGGGCCCCCGGAGCCGGAGGAGGAGAUCCUGGGCUCCGACGAUGAGGAGCAGGAGGACCCAGCGGACUACUGCAAAGGAGGCUACCAUCCCGUCAAGAUCGGGGAUUUGUUCAACGGGAGAUACCAUGUGAUCAGGAAGUUGGGGUGGGGUCACUUCUCCACCGUAUGGCUGUGCUGGGACAUACAGGUGAAGAACUUUGUGGCCAUGAAGGUGGUGAAGAGCGCCCAGCAUUACACAGAGACGGCUUUGGAUGAGAUCAAACUGUUACGCUGUGUCAGAGAGAGCGACCCCGUAGACCCCAACAAGGACAUGGUGGUCCAGCUUAUAGAUGACUUCAAGAUCUCUGGACUCAACGGCAUUCAUGUGUGCAUGGUGUUUGAGGUGCUGGGCCACCACCUGCUCAAGUGGAUCAUUAAGUCCAACUACCAAGGCCUGCCACUGCCGUGUGUCAAGAGCAUCAUUAGACAGGUCCUGCAGGGGCUGGAUUACCUGCACACCAAAUGUAAAAUCAUCCACACGGACAUCAAGCCGGAGAACAUCCUGAUGUGCGUGGAUGACACCUUUGUGAGGCGCAUGGCCAUGGAGGCCGCCGAGUGGCAGAAAGCAGGAGCUCCUCCCCCUUCUGGGUCAGCAGUUAGCACAGCCCCCCAGCUCAAACCGGUGAGUACGACUGAUACGGGAAAGUUGUCCAAGAACAAGAAGAAGAAGCUGAAGAAGAAGCAGAAGCGUCAGGCUGAGCUGCUGGAGAAGAGGAUGCUGGAGAUCGAAGCCCUGGAGAGGGAAGCCGAGAAGGAGAAAGAGGAGGAUGAGGAGGAGGGAGAGGAGGAGCGAGCCGAAGUAGAAGAGGAAGAGGAACGAGAAGAAGAAGAAGAAGAAGAAGAAGAAGAAGAAGCCACAGAAAACGAUGUCCAACAGCAGCAGGAGCAGGAGCAACAGAAGCAGCAUGAGCAGGAGCCAUCGACGCCACCUUCAACACCGCCGCUGCCGCCGCCGCCGCCGCCGGGCCCAAGCAUGGCCCUGGAGGAGAGCGAUGAGGAGGAUGAGGAGAAUGAGGACGGGGAAGAUGAGGAGGAGGAAGUUGGAGAGCGGCCCAUCAGGUUGACCAAUCAUACAUGUGCGGCGCCCACGGAGGAGCCCAGCCAGGUCCCCGUCGUCGCUGAAGAUGACCGCGAUGAAGACGCGGAGGAUGAGGAGCCCACACCCGUGGCUGAGAAGGACACCCCCAUCCCUCCAAUUGCAGUGGAAGGUAAUGGAGAUUCAACACAAGCAGAGGAAGAGGAGGCAGAGGAAGAGCCCGAGGGGGAGGAGAAUUCAACGAGAGUCAAUGAGGAGCAGAAAGAGACUGAGUUUGAGGAGAAGGAGCCAGAAGAAGAGGAGUCCAAGGAGGACGAGGACGAGGACGACGACACCACCGCCGACCUCCUCACAGACACCAGUUCCCCCAUCAAGUCCCUCCCCAAUAAAAGCAACCUGGCCAAAACCAACGGCCACAUUUUACUCGGCUCUGAGGGCCUCGUAGCCAACCCCGCUGUGCCCCCGCCCCCUUCGCCCACCCCAGAGCCCCUCCUCUGCCCACUGGUGGAGUCUGAGCUCAGCUACACCGACCGGGACCUCUCGCUCAGCUCCGGCUACGAGAUGUACAACGGCGAGGUGGGCGAGGCGGGCCUGACCAACGGCUCCAGCGAGCGUCACCCGGCCGCAGCCCUGCCCCUCUUUCCGGAUUUGCCGCUGGACCCGGAGCCAGGGAAUCCUGUGUGCGUCGGGACGGCCGACAUCGGAGCGGGGCAGUCGCCGGACAGCCCCGCGGCCGACCGCAGCCGCACUGUGUCGUCCUCCAGCACGGGGGAAACGCCCAAAGUUCGGGCCAGAGCUGCAGAUCUGCUCAUUAAUCCACUUGACCCCCGCAACGCCGAAUCCAUUCGAGUGAAAAUAGCUGACCUUGGAAAUGCCUGCUGGGUGCACAAGCACUUUACAGAAGACAUCCAGACCAGACAGUACCGCUCCAUCGAGGUGCUGAUAGGAGCAGGCUACAGCACUCCUGCAGACAUCUGGAGCACCGCCUGCAUGGCCUUUGAGCUGGCCACGGGAGACUACCUGUUUGAGCCCCACUCAGGAGAGGACUACUCCAGGGAUGAGGACCACAUAGCCCACAUUAUAGAGCUGCUGGGUUGUAUUCCAAGGCACUUUGCGCUGUCUGGAAAAUAUUCCCGGGAGUUCUUCAACAGAAGAGGCGAGCUGCGGCACAUCACCAAGCUGAAGCCGUGGUCGCUGUUCGACGUGCUGGUGGAGAAGUACGGCUGGGCGCACGAGGACGCCGGCCACUUCACCCACUUCCUGCUGCCCAUGCUGGAGAUGGUACCCGAGAAGAGGGCGUCGGCAGGCGAAUGCCUCAAUCACCCGUGGCUCAACUCAUAGUCCGCCCCCCUACCACCACCUCCGGAAACCCCGUUUCUUUUCUUAACUGCCCCUUAACAGCUUCCCCCUCGCCUCGCCCCCCCUGGUGGCAGCCUGUGGUACUACAGCCCCUCCGUGUUGUCCUGAAUGUAAAGACAAGCUUGUGGAUUAAGACUCGGUGUCUUCCGGAACAUCCCAAAGCGGAUGGAUGCUGCUCAUGUCAAGACAGCGAAACUCCAUGCUAGCUCGUUCUUAACCCCACCCCCACACUUUAAGAACACUCUACCUGGAUUACUGCCGAGCUGCACCUGCCAUGACCUUCAACCUACAUCCAUGUUUCCUCCACAAAGCAGGAAGGGACUUCUUUUGAAAAAUGCAUGGGCGAUGCACUGGAAAUUGAUGCGUUACCGUUUUGGACCACCAGGAAUAUUUAACUCCGGUGUUAAAUGGUACCCGUCCCCUCCUCCCUUUUGUCCCCCCCACCCCCUUCAGGAAUUUGAAAACUUUGUACAUAAGACUCAGAUCUGGCAACGCACAGGAGCAUCAUUCCAAACUAAAACGAGAGUCAAAUUACGAAGAGCAGCAAAGCGACCUCCUCCGGAUGACUAUGCCUCCACCCGGUGGCCGAAUGAGAGUACUGCAACACCACUACCGCCGCUGCUGCCAACACUUAUUCUACUAUCGCUCUACUCACAUUAUCACAACUAGUUCGGUUGCCUAUUUUUUGCAAUAAAUAAAAAAAACAAGUAUAAGUAAAUGGUGAGAUAUUUUUAAAAAAAUAUUUAAUUCAUUUAAAAAAAGAAAAGGAAAAAAAAACUGGUUGUCGUGACAGAAUCCUCUGAGGUGAUUGUGUUUGUCUAUUAGAGUAUUUCUAUUAUAAUUAUUCCUGUUAAUUAAUAUUAUCAUUAGAAUUUUUUACACCUCCUUAGCUGAACAGUGCUGCUCCAAGACAAAAAAAUUCGCAAAAUUAAUGUGAUUUGUUUUUUUUCUCUGGCACCAAAAACCUCCUUCUUUCACUCUCUCAGCCAUGCUGACUGUUCUUCCUGAUGACAAAAGUGCGUCUGUUGUCUAUUGUGUUUUUCAUCGACUGAUUUCAAUAAAAUGCUAAACAAACGGACCUGCAUGUUGCGCUUGUUCUACCGUGGCGGCGCAGUCGAGCUCCUGGGGCCUCAUGCACAAAACGAGGAUUCAGAAAUCCCGGAUAAAUGACUAAGCUGAGCUCAACCAACCCAAAGCAAGAGCGUAUAGGCUUAAUUGGUUGCCCAAAGCCCAAGCCAGGAUGGGUAGACGCUGAUGAAUCAAGCCAGGUGAAACCAAUCCAUCGUCAGUGCCCGUUAAAUAGACCCGGACUAUCGAUCACAGAGUCACCAAUUGACCAUGGCAACGAGAGCGGCAUACUUACGGAAGCGGAAAUCCUCAUAGAGGUUUACGAGGAGGCACAAUAGCAAAUAAAAAGGAAAGGCAACACCACCAGUCAUAAAACAGAGAAAAUGUGCCAAAGCAUUGCAGUACUUGGUACUUUGUAGUAGUGCACAAAUACACACUCACUGCUCCGCUGAAAGUUCUUUACAAUCCAAAUAGUUGGGUUAACAAAUGAACAGCGGUGUACACCACUGAUCUGUACUUAAAGAAUCUGGAUACACCAUACGUCGCACGCGCCCGUGCAAGCCGCUGAAGCCACAGAGCGGCCAUCUUACCACCCACAUCUCGUACGUAGCAGACUACAUUCGCACAGCGUACAUCAGGGGUCAUCAACGUGGUGCCCGCGGGCACCAAGUAGCCCCCCACGACCACAUGAGGUGCCCUCAAGCCUGCUUUUCAUUCAGGUUUUCAGUUAAUAAUGAAAGAACAGUAGAAAGAAAUGCAUUUUGUUCAUGUUCUGGUAAAACAAGCAUAUUCGCUCUGUUUGGGUUUAAAAUAAGCUCUGAAAAGAAAUGUUACAAAAAUGAGUACCGUAAAGCACCGUGUAUAAACGGCACUUUUUUUCCACUGGUAAGAAGCAAAAAAUCGGGUUGCGGUUUAUACACGAUGACAGGUCUGUGACCAGACGCAGAAAUUGACGAGAAGUCCAUUUUAGAAUAGAGUCUGUGGGUCAGACAGUUGCUUUGACUUUAGCGCCCUCUGCUGUACAGUUGCUGAAAAUGCUUGUGUAUGCAACUAACUUAUCUGACGGCUGUCUGUAUUUUCACACAGUGAAACCAUCUCUAUAUACACUGAAGCUAACCUAAGCUUCCAAUGUCAAAUACAAUACAACGUUGUUUAUUCAAAUUCACACUGAAGCAAUGCAAUAAAAUAAUAAUAGCGAAAAAGAGAGGCAGUGAAAGAUAAGAUAUCAACACAUCUCUGAAAAUUGCACAUUUCUUUAUUUAGAUUUUUUAUUAUUAAUCUGUGCUUAGCCAUUCAUUUUGUAAAAGUAGCUCUCACAAGGAAAAACGUUGGUGACCCCUGGCGUACAUAGUGUACAAAGCAGAUGAAGAAGCUCGCAGAACAUCUAUAUUUUACAUUAAAAAGCGGGGAGAUUCUCCCAUUCCUUCAAGUAACGCAACCUUCGUCCCUUAAAAACGAUUUGAUACGUUAUUCUCUGUCUUUGGCUAUAAUAAAUGUACUUUUUCCCCUUCCAAUUCUCAUUGCCUUUGGGACAAAAUUCUACUGUGCACCCUGGCUCAGCACUCCCCUAUAGCAAUGAUCAUAAAAUAAUAAAUAAAAAUGAUCAUACCCGAGUCCUUAUGACUAAGCUCAAGCACACCUGUUGUGCGAGGUUAGUCUGACUAACCUUGCAUUUAAUGUGAGUGGGUAACAAACUAACAACAGACUUAACAACUCACAAGUUCUCACAUAAGUCAUUGUCCGAGAAGUGUUUCUUGUGAGUGGUAAUAUGGCGGCCGUGUGGCUUCACAAGUCAUUGACCAACGGGCUAUCCAGAUUCUUUAAGUACAGAUCAGUGGCGUACACUCAUAUCUAUGAACUCUUUGCUUUGUUAGCAUAUCGCCAUUACUCGUUCGUAGCUUCAACAGCGUGUAAACUUCCGGUUUCCCCUCGAGCGCUAAGGCUUCUGGGUAAUGUAGUACACAUCCAAAUUAACCAACACAACAUCUCCGAAAACCUUGUCGCAUUAUAUUUAUAAGGGAUGUGUAUUUUAUAUAUAGUAUGUGUAAAUUAUCUAAUGAUUACAAUAUCAUCUAAAACAAUUUAUGUACAAUGAUUGACAGUGUGUGUCGUUGAAUGUGAUAAUGUGUCAUGGGCAGUGGAUUAUUACUGGUUUCCAUUUAUGGCGACGACUGACAUAAGGGAUGAGAUGAAGUAGACCCUGGACCUACAGGCUAACUCCAUAGAAUAAAUCUCCAUGGUAACUUCUAUCAGAACACAUUCCACUUUCCACUAUCCCACUUUUGUGCAACAGGAUCACGAAUAAAUUGAGCCAGGAUAACCAAGAUAUCCCAGUUAGGCCCCUGAAACCAAAGAAAACAACCAAUCGCCAUAGAUUCCCUUUAUUAUGGAUGGAUACGUUUCAUCACAAAGCAUGUUCCCACCAAGUUAUGAGGUAACAGGUCAGACAUUUUAGUGUAACAACAUGAAAAAACAUUAAAGACAUUCAUGUCCUAAAAAUUACAUAAAAAUAAGCUAUUUAAACUACUCACAGCAUUACCGUAUUUCCUCAAAUAGUGGCCUCCACUGCAAUAGAUGCCAUCCCCCACAAUAAGAUGCCCCGGUGCACCUAUUGUGUACUGUAACCACAAACAUAGUAAUUUAUACGGUAGUUUAAUAUAAAUACAUUUUGGAAAAAUUAUACAAAAAUAUAUAUUUGAAAACGCUUUUGUACAAUUUAAGGCCUCCCCUCUAAUAAAUGUCUAAAAGGUCCCCUGUUAGGCAAUUCAUUUUUCACAUGCUUUUCAUUUUUUUUAAUUUGAUAUUGUGUUCCAACGUGACAAAAAUCUAUCAUCUCUCAGAGAACAGCUUUGUACAAUUUUUUUUUAAAGGGCUUCUCUACACAUCUUAAAAUAAAGCUCUGCCAAUUAUCCGUCAGUCAACUACAGACGUAGGCGCUAUAAGUUUGCUUUUGUUUUUCUCCAGCGAAUAGGCUCGUCUAGCAUAAUGUUAAAAUGUAAGUGCAAUGUUAGCACUUUAGCAUCACAUAGCCAGGCUAGUGUUGCUAGUGUUU